AUGAUCAUCCGCUGGGCUCAUCGCUAUCUUCCAGCUCUCUCCGGAUACCUCUCCUACGCUAUUAACCCAAUUCUGGCGUAUCUGAUUCUAACAGAACCAAAAAAUGCAUCAAUCGGAAAGUAUCGAUUCUUGAUUUUGUUUUUCGCAGUUUUCGAUAUGUUUUACUCAACGGUCGAGCUCUUGGUGCCAGUGGGAAUGCACGGAACGGGAUCCGCAUUUGUGAUCUACUUGGCACAUGGACCAUUUUUUGGGAAAGAUAAACUCCGUCUUGCCCAACUCGCAAUCUCCAUUCGAUGUGGUUGCAUCUCGCUGUCCUAUGGAAUCCUAGUCAUUCACUUCAUCUAUAGAUACAUUGCUCUUUUUCACCCCCACCUUGUUUCCAAAGUGUUCAGUCCCGGUGGAUUUUUUUGUAUUCUUACAUUUUUCUUUAUUCAUGGAAUCGCUUGGGCUGGAGUCUGUGAAUUGACCUUAUACGCGGAUCAAGAGAUGAGAGAUUAUAUCAGGGAGGCUUUCAAUAAGACGUACGAAGUGGACUCGGAUGAUAUUGCAUUUUUGGCAGCGUUGUAUUUGGACGGAAGCAAAGAAGUCAAUAGACGUGGCUGGAUGGGGAUACUGAUCCUUUCCGGGAUCUCUGUGUACGCUGUGACCAUGUAUAUUGUUUUGGGGACCAAGAUUGUCAAAAAGCUUCGAACCCUCGGAGCCCAUUCGAAAAUCACUCGAAACAUGCACAAGCAGCUCUUCCGAGUUCUCUCCAUUCAAACAUUCAUCCCAGUCUGCAUCAGUUUCUCCCCUUGUAUGAUGGCUUGGUACGGACCAAUGUUCUACUUGGAUCUGGGAAUGUGGAACAAUUAUUUUGGGGUCAUUGCAUUUUCAGCUUUCCCAUUUUUGGACCCGCUGGCUAUCACUUUUUUGUUGCCGAAUUACAGAAAUCGAAUCAUCGGAAAGCCGUUUUUUCGAGCGUCAAAAGAUGAUCCAGUCACUACAGUUGCAGCAAUCACCACUGUAGUAACCACUGAUUAA